AUGACAGACCUAUCACAAUACCCCGACGGCCUGCAUGGUUACCGUAGCCAUAAAUUGGCGGUGCGGACAUUGAUGAUUGUCUUUACCUCCAUCGCAUUCUAUAACGCCAUCGAAUUGCUCAUAUUGUUAUUUUUCACCUUCACUCGUUAUCGCGGACUCUACUUUUGGACGCUUUUGCUCUCGGUAGUCCUCGGAGUGAUCCCUCACGCCGUUGGCCAUCUCCUCGCGUUUUUUUCACUGGCCCCAUUAUGGCUCUCGUUGACUCUCUCCACUAUUGGCUUCUACGUCAUGGUCCCAGGUCAAUCGCUGGUGCUAUACUCUCGCCUUCAUUUGGUGGUCAAUAACAACAACGUGCUUCGGUUUGUUCUUUGGCUGAUUAUCAUCGACGCGAUCAUUCUCUUGAUCCCAACGACUAUUCUUACCUACUCUACCGCAUACAUUGCAAAUCCGGCAAUUAUUCGGGGAUACAAUGUCAUGGAGCGGAUGCAACUGGCCUGGUUCUGCGCCCAAGAGAUUGUCAUUUCGGGAAUUUACAUCAUCGAGACCGCGAAGCUACUCAGAAUGAUGCCAGACAAGGACCGGCGCCGGUCCAGAAUCCUAUAUGAGUUGCUGGCUAUCAAUUUCGUCAUUAUAUUGCUCGAUAUUUGUUUACUCCUCGUGGAAUACAUUGGGUUUUACUCGUUACAGACCACUUUGAAGGCCAUGGUUUACAGCAUCAAGUUGAAGCUCGAGUUCGGUGUGCUCGGAAAGCUAGUCGAUCUUGUGCACAAUCAUCGAUCGCAACCCACUUCGUCCGAACACGAAGAAUACCCUGGCUUCGUCGAUCCUUCCCAGAUUACAACGGAUGUCACCCAUGCAGCCCCACGGGAAUUGCGACCGGGGGGACGGAGAGGCUGGAAUACAAUAUCUGUGGAGAGCUUGCCCAAUUCUGAGCGCGACACUCGUCCGUCUACCCAGUCGACUGGCAAGAGCCUGCAUCCAUCUUGA